CACAAGCAGUCGGAUGUGAUGCGAUUCCUCCUACGGCUGAGGUGUUGGCAAUACAGACAGCUUAAUGUCAUCCAUCGGUGUCCCCGUCCGACCCGCACAGAGAAGGCCAGACGUCUUGGAUAUCGAGCCAAACAGGGAUUCGUUGUCUACAGAGUCCGCAUCAGACGCGGUGGCCGUAAGAAGCAGGUGCCCAAAGGUGCCACUUAUGGUAAGCCUAAGAACCACGGCGUGAAUGAACUGAAGCCGCGCCGCAACCAUCAGGCGAUCGCCGAAGAGCGGGUCGGCCGACGAGUGGCUAAAGCGCUGCGAGUGUUGGGCUCGUAUUGGGUGACACAGGACUCGUGCUUCAAAUACUUCGAGGUGAUUUGUAUCGAUCCGUUCCACAAAGCGAUCCGAAGAGACCCGAAAGUGAAUUGGAUUUGUGCGCCGACACAGAAGCACCGGGAGCUUAGAGGCCUGACCAGCGCUGGUAAGAAACAUAGGGGUCUGAGAGGACGCGGACACGGCUAUAGCAAAGUGAUCGGUGGCUCACGUCGUGCUAAUUGGCGCCGAAGACAGACAUUACAGUUGCGCCGAAAGCGAUAAUCAAUUGAUCACUUGUUUGAGACUCUGAUUCGUAACUGUAUUUCAAAACCAGAAAUUAAUAAUAAAAUUAACUUUCACUUUGA